AUGGCAGAACUGGUUGGGCCGCGGGUGUACAGUUGCCGCCAUUGCCGGAACCACGUCUGCCUCCAUGAUGAUACUAUCUCCAAGGCCUUCCAGGGGAGGAAUGGCCGCGCGUUUCUCUCCUACCACGUCAUGAACGUCACCACAGGGGCCAAGGAGGACAGGCAGCUCAUGACGGGGCUCCACAUGGUCGCCGACAUCCAUUGCCGUGAUUGCCGCGAGGUGCUCGGGUGGAAGUAUGAGAGAGCCUACGAGGAGUCCCAGAAGUACAAGGAAGGCAGGUUCAUAUUUGAACAGGCCAAGAUCAUGCAGGAAAAUUGGUAG